UAUAUAUUUCCAGUUUUCAUUUAAAUCGCCAAAAAUAAGUUACAAAAUUAGGACAUCGGUUGAUUGUCGACGCGUGAAAAAUUGAAAGUUGUCGAAAAUGGUGAUCAACUUUCAAAAUUAUUUAUCUCUUCUAUUUGAAGUUUCUUAGAAUGCCUUUAAAAACAAUUUCAAAACAACUCAUUUCCAUUGUUUCUUCUUAUCUUAGUAGACAGUAACUUCUUCCUUUGUUUUCAUUUUUUCAUUGAACUCCCUAAUCUUGUUGCCAGCUAACACUAAUUGAACAAAUUUCAAAUUUGUUUUAACGAUGGCCGACCCGCGACGACACCACGGCAAUGGCUACCAUCAUCGACACCAGAGGAACAAAAAAGAGCACGUAAGUUCCAAUUCAAUCUCUGGAGUAAGCUUGAUCCACAAAUAUUUACCUAAGGAACUGAUAUUGAGAAUAUUUUCAUAUUUGGAUGUGACAAGCUUGUGUCGGUGUGCCUGUGUGUGCAAGUACUGGAAUCAGAUGGCUCUCGAUGGCAGCAACUGGCAGAUUGUUGAUUUGUUUUUCUUCCAAACUGAUGUUGAGGGGCCAGUGGUUGAGAACCUCUCAAAGAGGUGUGGUGGAUUUCUCAAAUCUCUCAGUCUCAGGGGCUGCAGAUGUGUCACUGAUAAUGCUCUUGAAUUAUUUUCUAGAAACUGUCAGAACAUUGUGGCUUUAAACCUGGAAGGCUGCACCAAAAUUACUGAUGCUGCAUGUGAGAGUUUGGGUCAGCACUGCAACAAACUGAUGAAGUUGAAUGUUGACUCCUGCAGCUCUCUCACUGACAGAUCACUCGUUGCCCUGAGCAAAGGAUGUCUGCACAUGGAAUCGUUGAGUUUUGCAUGGUGCAACCAGUUGACAGAUGAUGGUGUAGUGGCCCUCUUAAAGAGUUGCGACAAGCUCGUUAACUUUGUUGCUAAAGGAUGCACACAGUUGACAGAUGCCAGUUUCAAAUGCUUGGCUAGGUGUUCAGAGUUGAAGACACUCAACUUAUUCAACUGCUCACAACUAACAGACGAAGGUAUUGUGGCGAUCAGCAGAGGAUGUCCCCACCUAACAUGCAUAUGUCUGUCUAAAUGUUUACAUCUCACUGAUAUUAGCCUCGUCAACCUUGGAACAAAUUGCAGAGAAAUCAGGCUAGUGGCGGGAUGUUCAUUAUUUACAGAUCACGGCUUCGAGUCACUCACAAAACAUAGUCACUAUUUUGAGAAGAUGGAUCUUGAAGACUGCACGCUGAUAACAGAUGCAACGAUCAACCACCUAGCCACAAACGCACCACAUCUUUCUGUCAUUAGUCUGUCUCACUGUGAAUUGAUAACGGACGAUGGCAUCAGACACUUGUGUUCGAGCAUAUGUGCAUCUGAAUGCUUGAGGGUCAUCGAACUGGACAACUGCCCACUCAUCUCAGACGCAUCACUCAGCUUCCUCUCGACGUGCAGACAUCUUAAAAGAAUAGAACUGUACGAUUGCCAGAACGUUUCCAAAUCUGGCGUACAAAAACUUCAGGCUACUCUACCGAAUCUUAACGUGCACGCAUACUUCGCCCCAGCCACUCCACCCGCGGACAGUGGGGGAUCGAGAAGGAGAUAUUGCAAAUGUUGCAUCAUCUUAUGACAAACACUGGGCCCUCUCCUCAUCUUGGACAUUCUCGUCGGCUUCUAUCUGGCUUAUCAUUUCUCUCACUACGUUCUAUCCUCUAAUGGAUAUUUCAAGGGAAGAUGAGCGUUUAAGAUUUGUAUGUUUUGAUAUGCUCUGAUCAUGUGCAAGAAAGUAACGCUUUGUUGAAAUUUAAAAUUUGACAAAAUUUGAGAUUAUAUCUAGUGUAUCUAAUUCUUUUGUUAAAGUCAGUUAUUAUGUUUUCAUCUUUAUGUUACGAUUUUUGAAAUCAUGAAUUGUGAUUAUUUUUUAUUGAGCAAAUUGAAUAAAAUUACAAUUUUUACCUCACUUGGGUGCUUGACAUGAUUGAUCCACUUAUUGAGAAAUCUUAUUUUAAUAUAGACUGGACUAUUUGCAUUACUUUAUAAGUUUUGUUUCUCCAUUUGAUACUAAAUUUUACUCAGCAUAAAAAUAGUGAUGAUAUUGUAGAUGGUGAGGAAUGGCAGAUGAAAUCGGCCACCAAUUAAGUACUCACUUGAUCGCU